AUGUAUGGUCGCUACGAUCUGGCACGCAUAGCGACAGAAGUGGAAGGCAAAACGGAGGAGGAAGUCCGUCGCUACGCAAGCGUCUUUUGGGAACGUCUGGGAGAGCUCAGCGAUUGGCAGAAGCUUCUCAAGCGGAUAGAAGACGGAGAAGCCGUUAUCCAGAGGAGGAGGGAGCUUGAACAGGUCAUAGUAAGGCGGCAGCAGCAGAGCGACUUCCCUUGGCGCCGUCUGCCAAUAAAUUUCUCUGCAGCGACAAAGGGCAAGUCCUUCUUCACCGAAGAGGAGGACACCUUCAUCCUCAACCUCACCACGCUCCUUGGUAGGCUCCACCCGACUCCUGCAGCUGCUUGCCUUAUGGGCUGCAUGCUGCUGCGCAUGCCCUUUCCGCUGUGGCUGCUCACCGCGUGCGCGUUUAUCCGAGAGUUUCGCGGUGCUGCUGCUGUAUCUACUACUGCUGCUGCUGCAUCCACUACUACUGCUGCUGCUUCUGCGUCUACUACUGCUGCUGCUGCUGCUGCUGCUGCGUAAGGAUACGGAAAUUGGGAGAAACUGCGCAGCCAGGUGGGUGCAUAUUCGCAGUUUGGCAUCCUGGAGGGCAAGGAAGAACGAGCCCUUGUGUUGUCACAUGCAGCGCAGACUGCAGACUUUCCACUUGUCUGCGGUGUGUCAAGGGCUGCGGGUUUACGAGUCUUGCUUGCUCUUGUGCAGGGUGAACGCUUCUCCAGAGGCCGUCGCCGCUUGGACAUGCCAGCAACAAAACAGCCGUCCCCUGCAGCUCCAGCGACGACUUCGCCUUCGGCAGCAGACGGCUCGUGUAGCGGGGGCAGCGCUCUCAACGGCUUAGCCACACCCGCGUGUCCAACAGUUGUCGCUUCAGCUGCCGCUGUUGGAACCGCACCAGCAGCUCUGGAGGACUCCCUAACGGCGACGGUUGCUGGUGUCUGGACCUUAGGUGCAGCAGCAGCAGCUGCUGCUGCAGUACAAGCGCGUACAGCUGUUGCUACUGCUACACCGCCCUCCCCUCUGCUGACGGCUGCGUAG